CUAUGUUUACAUUUAUAUUUCACAGUGUUAGUAUUAUAAGAUUUAUAAUUUAUAUUAACCUCUUUAAACACAAAAGUUGAGCUCAUUAGAGUAAAUGUGUUCUGUGGGUCAGAGUAUUAUUACAUCCUUACGUUAAAUGCAAUUUACUAUAUACUUGUAAAUUUUAGAUAAAUAUUUAUUACCUUCACCUUCCUACAAGCACCCUACACGAAAUUAGGUUCCUUCGGAUACUUGAAAGAUGAAGAUUACAAGUUCAUAAUUCAUAUUGACCACUUUUCGUCCCGUGUUUCCUUUCUUCAAUAUUUUAUUGAUUUUUUAACCUAGUAUAGUAUUACUACUUAAACUUACUUUGUACUUAAAUAAAUUUAAAAAUUAAUUAAUAUAUUACUAUCAAUAUUUUCCUUACAUAAUAUUAUAAAUAUCUUUUUAAAAUACUAUAAGAAUGGAAGAUUCAGAAAUAGAAGAAGCAUAUGUUUAUGUGGAGUUUGAAGACAGUGUUAAUAUAGAGGGUUUUAAAAAUAUACACAUUUUGGGUAUUGAUACUAAGAAUCCUAUUAUCCAAUUAGAUGAUGCAUUUUUCAAAGGUACAUUUGAGAAUCCCUUCGGUACAUACAUGUUUUUUGAAGAGGAUCCAAUAGAAAAAAAAUCAGAUCCACUUUUUGAGAGAUCACCUGAAAUAAGCUUGAAGUAUCUAACAAAAACUAGAAAAUGUAUUAAGGCUGAGCAUAUUUAUGUCAAACAAAAAUAUGGAUCAGAACAAGAACAAAAAAAUGAUAAAUUUGAGGAAGACAUCAAACCUGUUACAUUUAGUUCUCUUGCUGAAGCGGUUGAUAUGUUUAAACAGGAAUUAUCUAGCAGUUCUGAAGAUGUACAAAGCAGCUGUAAUCCACAACAGUCAUAAUGUAGUCAUAUAUUGCAUGAAUAUUUUUUGUCACUAAUAAUAAUUAUUUAAAUUAUGUUGUAAACUUACAAAGUAUAUUUUAAUUUAUAUUAAAUGGAUAACUUAAAAUUUAUAGUUAA